UCUGAUUAGUUGGCACCGCGAACUGAGCAGCAACGCAUCGUUUUUUCGUCCACACAUACAGAUAGAAGCAAAAUGGCAGGAGUAAGGCAAGAGGAUAUCGAGGAGUUGUACAACUUCAUCUAUCCCCUGGCCAUUGAGGCGGGCGAGAUCCUCAUGGAGGGCUACGAAUUGGCCAGUAAAAACGUCUCCAUCAAGGGCGAUUUUUACGACGUGGUCACCGACUACGACAACAAGAUCGAAGACUUUCUCAUGGAGAAGAUACUGGCCAGCUAUCCGGAGCACAAGUUCAUAGGCGAAGAGGCGACGGCCAAGAACAACAACGUGUCCGGGGAACUGACGGAUGCGCCCACCUGGAUCAUCGAUCCCAUUGACGGCACCUCGAAUUUCAUUAAGCAGAUCCCGCACGUCUGUGUUUCGAUUGGUUUGGCCAUCAACAAACAGAUCGUGGUGGGUGUGAUCAAUAAUCCUGUCCAGAAAAAGCUCUUCACGACGAAACUGGGUCAAGGGGCCUUCUGCAAUGGCAAGCCCAUCCAUGUGAGCAGCUGUGAGAGCGUCAAGGAUGCUAAUGUGGCCUACGAAGUGUCCCUGCUGCAUGUUCACUCGGUGGCCAACAAGCACAUCAAAAGGAUCUACCAUGUGGGACUAAAUGCCAGACGACUUGUGGCCUACUCCUGCGUGGUGGAUGAGCUGUGCAUGGUGGCGGCUGGCAAUCUGGAUGCCUUUUACAUCGAGGACAUGUAUCCCUGGGAUUGUGCCGCCGGAUCCCUACUGAUAAAAGAGGCGGGAGGCGUGGUAACGCAUCCCUUUGGCGGCCCAUUCGACAUAAUGAAGCCGGAUCUCGUCUGCGCGGGAACAGAGAAGUUGCGCAAAGAGAUCGAAGACCUUUUGCGCAAGGCAGAUAAGGAGGAGUCGGUGGGGGGCAAGCCAGUGCAGAAGUAAUUUAAAAAAGACACACACAAAAACUGUUGGCGAAAACGAUCCAAAUUAAAAAGCUUGAGGUCAGCUGCACUGUCACUUGGCGUUGGAAGCUCUGCUCAUGGAGAGCUUUUAGAUAUCUUUCAGCUUUGAUCGCCGGCAGCUGGUAGAUACCAAUCAAAAGAAAUGGCGGGAAAGUAAACCACUCUCCGUCUAGACUUUAAAAAACAUAAUGUUAUAAACAACCAUUUCGUUAUCAUCAUUUUUAAACCUUAAUCUGCCAAAUAAAUCUCUAUAAGGAUGACAAAAAAAUGUGAUUUACAAUUCUGUGCAAAGAUGCUUAAAUGUU